UUUUCGGGGUGUUUUCUCCCCCUCCCCUCUCUGCCUGCUCACUCGCCGCUCCGCGACUCGACGCCGGCAAGGUUUGGAGAGGCACUCGCUUCGCGGGGUCCGCGCUCGCGGCAGCCCGGACUGGGACUGGCCCGGCCGCCCCUCCCCGCCCUCCCCGCCCUCCCGCUCGCCCGCACACUUGAACGGCGGGGACUCUGGGCCGCCUGGCCCGGGCACCCCCUGCCCCCUCCCCCGAGCCAGCGCGCCCCCGACGCUCGGGCAGCCACUUGCUGGUGUUUGUUGCUCUUGGCUCCCGGCGCGGUCGCAGGGCUUAUAAGAGGGGUUCGGGCUGGGUCGGGGCGUUUUGUUUUGUUCGGUUUUGUUUUCCGAGAGCGCGAGCGAGGCGGUCGUAAAGACUCAGGAGGAAAAUGUCAAACGUGCGAGUGUCUAACGGGAGCCCGAGCCUGGAGCGGAUGGACGCCAGACAGGCGGAGUACCCCAAGCCCUCCGCCUGCAGAAACCUCUUCGGCCCGGUGAAUCACGAAGAGUUGACCCGGGACUUGGAGAAGCACUGCAGAGACAUGGAAGAGGCAAGCCAGCGCAAGUGGAAUUUUGAUUUUCAGAAUCACAAGCCCCUGGAGGGCAAGUACGAGUGGCAAGAGGUGGAGAAGGGCAGCUUGCCCGAGUUCUACUACAGACCCCCGCGGCCCCCCAAAGGCGCCUGCAAGGUGCCGGCGCAGGAAGGCCAGGAUGUCAGCGCGAACCGCCCGACGGUGCCUUUAAUUGGGUCUCAGGCGAACUCAGAGGACUCCCAUUUGGUAGACCCAAAGACUGAUACCUCGGACAACCAGACGGGGCUGGCGGAGCAGUGCGCCGGGAUGAGGAAGAGACCCGCGGCGGACGAUUCCUCUCCCCAAAACAAAAGAGCCAACAGAACAGAAGAAAAUGUUUCAGACGGUUCCCCGAAUGCGGGCGCAGUGGAGCAGACGCCCAAGAAGCCGGGCCUCCGAAGACGUCAAAUGUAAACUACUCGACUUGGGUACAUUUCCUUGUUUAUCCCAUACAUCACUGCUUGAUGAAGCAAGGAAGAUACAAAUGAAAAGUUUUAAAUACAUAUCGCUGACUCCAUGGAAUGGACAUCCUGUAUAAGCACUGAAAAACAACAACACAAUAACACUAAAAUGUUAGGCACUCUUAAAUGAUCUGCCUCUAAAAGCGUUGGAUGUAGCAUUGUGCAAUUAGGUUUUUCCUUAUUUGCUUCAUUGUACUACCUGUGUAUAUAGUUUUUACUUUUUAUGUAGCACAUAAACUUUGGGGAAGGGAGGGCCGGGUGGGGGCUGAGGAAUUGGCAUGGAAGGUAUGAAGAGCUUGCUUCAAUCUAGAGCAAGGAGAAAAAUAUUUGACUUGCAUAAAGAAGAAGCAGUUUUGGGGGAAGGGUUUGCGUUUUCUUUAAAGAUGUAAUGUCCCUUUCAGUGAAAACUGAUACUUCAUUUUUAAAAUUGUCCAAAUUUGAACACUGGCUACAAAUAAUUGCUACUUAUUUUUACAUGAAGCUUUUUCUUAUUUGGGAGCUCUGAUGAUUCCGUUAUGUAGCAGCAAAUGGCUUUUUUUUUCUUUAAAGAAACAACAGCGAGUCUAUCCUCAGUGCGUCUACCCUAGGCCCCCCUAAAUUGGAAUUUAUCAGUUAAUUAUUCAGCAGUUAGGUAAUCACUCCAGUUAAGUAAUUCUGGGAGAAAAUCUGGGGUGUCUGGGGGUAGUUCUAAAUGCUCAGAAUGGACCACCUAAUUCUUAGCAGAUUUCUUGAGAAAUUUUCUUAAUUUUCUUUUUACUUUAGGCUGUGUAGGCUGUCAAAAUAAUUCUAAAUCCUUGGUUUUUUUUUUAAAGGUCUGUAACUCCACAUAAAAAAUAAUGAAAUAAUUUUAAAUUUAAAGCUUCUCAUUCUGUUUAAUUUGCCCAGAGGAAAGUGGUGUUUUUAAAUGAAAGUGUAUAUAGAGAAAAGCACACGUGGAAAAGUGAAAUGGAUACUACAUCUUUAAACAGUAUUUUUAAAUUGCCUGUGUAUGUGUAUGAAACAAAACCAUUUGAAUUGUACCUGUGUACAUAACUCUGUAAAGACACUGAAAAAUUAUACUAACUUAUUUAUGUUAAAAAGAGAUUUUUUUUUUAAUCUAGGCAAUAUAUAAGCCAAAGUGGCAUGUUUUGUGCAUUUGUAAAUGCUGUAUUGGGUAGAAUAGGUUUUUUCCCUUCUUCUGUUAAAUAAUAUGGCUAUGCUUAAAAGGUUGCAUACUGAGCCAAGUAUAAUUUUUUGUAAUGUGUGAAAAAGAUGCCAAUUAUUGUUACACAUCAAGCAAUCAAUAAAGAAAACUCCAUAGCUAUUCA